AUGCACUGUCGUUUUGCACUCACACUGCUGCCUGUCUUCUCGUUUAUAAGAGUCGCUCCCUCCCACCUGCCUCUUACCAUCUCCAUAUAUCUCUCUCCCUUCUCCUCUGCCUCCCAGGUGCCCGUGGGUCUGCAGCUUGUGGCCAUGCCUACACCAGUGGCUCCUCCCUUCUCUUGUGCUGGAUUUCAAGUCACAGUGGCGGGGAGGGGUGUGGGGUCAACACCGACGCUCCCUCACGCCCCUCCCCUGUGGCCGUGCAGGGAGGAGGCACCUGGAGGAGGGCUGCUGCGGAGGGAGGCAGCUGGUGGUGCUGCAGCUGCCUUGACCUCACCCUCACGCUAUCAGCUAAGUGCAGGUCCCCCUCUCAGGUGCAGGUGGAGGGGAGGGGCGCUGGGGUCAACACCGUCGCUUCCCCAUGCCCCUCCCCUGUGGCCGUGCAGGGACUCGGGGGGACGGGAGGGAGGCAGCACUGCAGCAUGGCAAUCCCACUGCAGCAAGGGAGAGUAUUGGGACGGGCUUGGCCUCUCAAGGUCACUUGCAAUGCAGCAGAGGCAGCUGAUGGGACCAGUUGUGGCAGCAUCAGCAGUGGGGAGCACUGGUGGCGGGGAGGGGUGUGGGGUCAACACCGACGCUCCCUCACGCCCCUCCCCUUUGGCCGUGCAGGGAGGAGGCACCUGGAGAGGAGGGCUGCUGCGGAGGGAGGCAGCGCCGGGAGGGGACUGGAGGGAGGCAGCAGUGCACCAUGGCAAUCCCGCUGCCUCAAGGGAGAGUAUUGGCGUGGGCUUGGCCCUUCAAGGUACCCAUGGGGAUGGGAGGGCGGCAGCACUGCAGCAGCUUGCAGUUGGUGCCAUGAGGGAGAGUAUUGGGGUGGGCUGGCCUCUCAAGGCUGAAGGUGGAAGCACUGGAGCAAGGGCAGGAGAGUGGAGUCCACCUUCUCACUCACCUCCUCCUCUCUCCCGUCUCCCUUCCCUCCCAGCAGCACCCUGCCUGGACCACAGAGGAGUCUCUCCCUCCCCUAAUCCCCUUCUCUUUCCACUUCCCAGCAGCCUCAGCAUCAUGGCGCUCUGCACGGCUGUGGUAGGUACAGGUAAGGGCAUGGGGGUGAAGUGUGGGUUGGGUGGGUGGGGAGCAUGGGAACAAGUGGGGAGUUCACUGCCUUAG